AUGGCGGCGACCGACCACGGCGGCGGCGGCAACGAUGGCAGCAGGCCCGUGCAGGGCCCUGUGCAGGAGGGCGGGUCGGCCCGCCCAGGGCUUCAGGACGGCCCCGCGGCGCCGCGCGAGAUACGCCCACGCCGGCUGCGGCGCCGUGUCGCCGCGCCGCCGGCUCUCGGUGGCCCAGCCCGUUGCCGGGGCACCCAUCGUGGCAGCGGCAGGCUACCAGCAGCCCCUGCACGUGGCCCUGCCGCCGGCGAAGGCGGUCCUGGCCGGCCAGGCACAUUCGGUCUGCAUGCCCGCCCUGGCCGCGCAGCCGAACGCGCUGGUUGGCACGCCCCCUCAGCAGCUGACGCCACGGAUGCAGGCCGCUCAGAUGGGGCAGCAGCGCGUGCCAGCGGGGCAG